UUUUUUGCAGAGGAAAUUAUCAAGAAGCGUCUCCUGAUUGAUGGAGAUGGCACCGGCGAUGACCGGCGUCUUAAUAUGCUGUUGAAACAAUUUCUGAAAUGGAUGUAUUCCAAGAACGAUUCACCAGAAAAUAACCAAAUUAUCUAUGAUCGUUUGAUGGCCCAAUUAGCCCAGUGUCAAUUUGCUGCUGCCAAGACGGAACGUACCAGUCAAAUGAUCGACAAGGAAUUGGAAAACUAUCAGCAGCUCUCCCAGACUAUCGAGAAAAAUAUUGAAGCAGCUAAACAAGAAAUCGAAGAGAGUAAAAAGGAGUUGGUGAUUGCUAAACAAAUACGUAAAAAUAAAAUGGAAUAUGAUCAAUUGGCCAAGGUGAUAAAGCAGCAACCGGAUCGCAAAGAGACCCAAAAACACAUUGAAUCCCUGCAGAAGGAACUGGCCGAAUUGAAUGAAAAGAAAAUGAAAUUGGAACGUAAAUUUGAGAAGAGACAAAAAGAUUUUUCCGUACUCAUGUACGCCGUACGCGAAUUGGAAGCCCAAUUGGCUGAGGAUAGUUCCAGUGAUGAGGAAACUAGCAAAAGUGAUGAUGAAGAAAUUGUUGGUUCCGCAUCGAAUAAAUCAAAUGUUAUUAAUUUAACCCUAUUGGAUGGUUUGAGUGAUGAUGAAGUAGAGUCCGGGUCACAGUCAGGGAAAACUGGUCGCCGUCGGGGAUAUAUGGAACGUGAUAUCGUUGAGAAAAUCGAAAUCAAAGAUGAUGAUGAUGCGAAAAGUAUCAAGGAGCCCAUGUCCAUUGAUGAGGAUGUUGUUUUGGAGCUGAGCAUUGAUAAGGAUGACAAUGACGUUAAAAUGGAUGAUGUUAUUCUGUCGUCUUAG